CAAAAAAGGUAAAGACAGAUAGACAUAGAGCGAGACCCAGAAAUGUGAAGAUAAAAGAGAAAGAGGAGCUCAGUCUCAAAAGUUCUUGGACCUUGCACUUUUUUCUUUCUCGGGAAACAAACACAAGAUCUUUGAAACUGGAGCACUGAAUUGCUUCAUCAGAAUAACAGCAUAUGUAAAUUAUCAAGCUUGUGGAUUGAUAAAUGAAGUUUGAUAAUUGAGGUUUGAAGUGAAACUUUAAGAGAAGAGGUUUUGGAAUUCUGGAGUCUGAUGAAUACUGGAAACUAGUUAAAUGGAGAAAAUCUGUGAGGUUUGCACAACUUCCAGACCAGUUGUUUAUUGUAAGGCUGAUGCAGCACAUCUGUGUCUUUCCUGUGAUGCAAAGGUCCAUUCAGCCAAUGCACUUUCAAAUCAGCAUCUCCGAACCCUCCUGUGUGAUUCAUGCAGAUGCCACCCAUCUUAUGUUAGGUGUUUAGAUCAUCAGAUGUUCAUGUGUUGUGACUGUGACCUGAACCUCCACAAUAUCUCUUCCCAACAUCAGAGGCGUGGAGUAAGUAGUUAUUUGGGAUGCCCUCCUGCUAAAGAUUUUGCAGCAUUGUGGGGGUUUGAAUUGGGUGAGCAGGAUAACAGUGCUAUUCAAGAUCAUUCUUUAUCAGGUUCUGUGAAUCCUAAUGUGGUCAGAUUUAAUAAUCUAGCACAAUCUUCUUUUCAAAUUAAAAGCUCUUCAAGUAAAUCAAAUGUGACUUCAAUCUCUAUGGCAGGAUAUGAUGUACCAAGCAGUCAGAAACCAAAGGCCUUUAUUUUCCAACAGAUUCUUGAUCUGAAAAGGCUACAACUCAAUGAGGGAAAUAGUUGUCGACCUUUGAUACUUGAACAGAAACAAAGCAACAAAUGUACUUCAAUGCAUAACUCUUUAAAGAAUUUUGAUGGAAAUGUAGGUCAGGAUUCACAAAAUUUCCAUGAUAUUGGCACUGAUCUCCACCAAAGAGGCAAUCAACUUCAGGAGCUUGAAGUGGAUUCUUUUCCUUUGGGCUUUAACCAUCUGGAGCAUCUGUCUUCGUCUUCAACUGUGGGGAUGCCUUCGCAAGGAGAAUCUUUUUGGCAAUGCAAAAGUCCAAUUCAAAGCAAUCAGUUCUGGUCUCAAACCAUGCAAGACCUGGGGGUUUGUGAAGACAACAGUUGCCCUGAUGAUUUUAAUAUACCUGAUGUUGAUUUAACAUUCCGCAACUUUGAGGAGCUAUUUGGAGGUGAGCAAGAUCCAAUCCGAGUGCUGCUAGAUGAUAAAGAUGUUUCAUACUUGUCAAUCAAGAAGGAUGUGUCCCUUUGUAAAUCAGAUCAUGGUAAUGCAAGAUCAAUGAAGGAUGCUUCUGCAGCUUCCAUUUAUGGUGCACAGUCUGCUCAAAUGCAAAGAGACGGGAAGCCUUCCAUCCAAGUCUACAAUUACCAGCAAAAAUUUGAUUGUUCCCACCCAAUUCAACCAUCUUAUUCAACCCUGUCUUUCCCCCUUUCAAGGUUUAGCAAUGGAAGCAGUGCUACAGAUUGCCUUGACAGUGAACUUUCACCUAUCACAGGAGGGGAUGCCUCUUGCAAUGCUCAUGACUUAGACGGUGUGCAUACUGAAGCUAGAGAAAAUGCAAUGAUGAGGUACAAAGAGAAGAAGAAGGCUCGAUUGCAUGAGAGAAAAAUUCGUUAUGCAUCUCAGAAAGCUAAAGCUGAUGCUAGGAAGAGGAUAAAAGGUGGAUGUGCUAAAACAGAAGGGUAUGAUUCUGAUACUGCCAAUGUAGCAUGAAGCUAUUGAUUUUUUUUUUCCCCCUUUUUAUCUUUUUUGUAAGUAUUACCUCUCCCAAAUUCAAUCGGAACCCAGUUACCGUCAUGUUUAUAUUUCUGUUUCAUAAAUUCCCUUUUUCCCUCAAGAAUAUGUUCUCUCUGUUUCUAAGAAAAGACAAUAAAAUUCAGAGCUUGGCAUUAAUGAGAGCUAUCUAUGCACUUUUCCUCUCUUGAUGGAAGUUAUCUACACACUUUAUAAAGCAGAUUAUAACAU